UGCUUCUUCUUCCUUCAAUUGCGCGUGCUGCGCUCGCACGUAUUUUUAUUUUGUACACACGCUUUUUUUGUAAUUGUAAUUGCGUUUCGCCGCCAUGAGCAGCACACAACAGAAAACGCUGCAGUUCCAUGAACUGGAGCUGGACCAGCGCAUUCUCAAGGCAAUAGCUGCACUUGGCUGGUCGCAGCCCACGCUUAUACAGUCGACGGCGAUUCCGCUGCUGCUGGAGGGCAAGGAUGUGGUGGUCAGGGCACGCACAGGUUCGGGCAAGACGGCGGCAUAUGCUCUGCCGCUAAUACAGAAGAUCCUCAACUCGAAGCUGAAUGCGAGUGAGCAGUGCGUUAGUGCUUUGGUUCUGGCGCCCACCAAAGAGUUGUGCCGACAGUCGCGUCAGGUGAUCGAACAGCUGGCCGAGUCGUGUGGCAAGGUGGUGCGUGUGGCAGACAUUGCGGGCAGCACUAACGAUGUGGCCACCCAACGGCACGCGCUCGCUGAACGUCCCGAUAUUGUCAUCUCGACGCCAGCGAAAAUAUUAGCACAUGCAGAGGCGGGCAAGAAUGUGGUGGACUUGAGGCACAUUGAGACGCUGGUGGUUGACGAGGCGGAUCUGAUCUUUGCCUUUGGCUACGAGCAAGACUUUAAGCGCCUCAUUAAACAUCUGCCGGCCAUCUAUCAGGCGGUGCUUGUUUCGGCGACCAUUUCGGAUGAUGUGGUGCGCAUGAAGGGUUUGUGUCUGCACGAUGCCAUCACCCUGAAGCUGGAGGAGCCCGACUUGGUGUCGCUCGAGCAGCUCACGCAUCAGCGCAUUCUCGCCGAGGAGAACGACAAGCCAGCGAUUUUGGUGGCACUGCUAAAGCUCACACUCAUCCAAGGCAAAAGCAUCAUCUUUGUGAACAACGUGGAUCGCUGCUACAAGGUUCGCCUGUUUCUGGAACAGUUUGGCAUACGCGUCUGCGUGUUGAACUCGGAGCUGCCGGCAAACAUUCGCAUUCACACGAUCAGUCAAUUUAAUCGCGGCAGUUACGACAUCAUCAUUGCCUCCGACGAGCACAUGUUGGAGAAGCCAGGCGGCAGCAAUAAGCGCAAGGCGAACGCAAAGUCCAAGUCGAAGAAGGGCGACAUCGAGUCGAGCGCAUCGCGUGGCAUCGAUUUCCAGGGUGUCAACAAUGUGAUCAACUUUGAUUUUCCCUGCGAUGUUACCUCGUACAUUCAUCGUGCCGGACGCACAGCGCGUGGCAACAACAAGGGCUCCGUGCUGUCCUUUGUGAGCGUCAAGGAGCUGCCCCUCAACGAGGCUGUCGAACAGAAGCUGCGCCGUUGCUUCGCCCGCGAAACGUUGCCCAAGUGGGAUGAUGCGCCGGCCAAAAGUAAACCGAUUGCCAAUCCCAAUGCGGAGGAGACGACGUUGUCGAAGGCGGACACCAAGCUGGUGGAGCAAUUGCGUCGCAACUAUGUGGAGAGACCUAAGAAGGUGGACAGCAACGACAUGAUCAAACUUUAUCAGUUCAAGCUGGAAGAGGUGGAGGCUUUCAGGUAUCGUGCCCAGGAUUGUUGGCGUGCUGCCACACGCGUCGCUGUCCACGACACUCGGCUAAAGGAGAUCAAAACGGAGAUCUUGAACAGCGAGAAGCUCAAGGGCUUCUUCGAGGAGAACAAACGUGAUCUGCAGGCGCUGCGACACGACAAACCGACGCGCACCAUCAAACAGCAGUCGCAUCUCAGCCAUGUGCCCGAUUACAUCCUCCCCAAGGCCCUGAAGCGUGUGGCGGUCAAUCCACGACCAACUGGAGCCGGUUCGUCUGCCAAACAACCUCGCAUGUCAGCCGGCAAAGCGGCGUUUCAACGCCAGAGCAACGAUCCCUUGAUGGUCAGCGAAGUCGACUACGGCAAGCGACGCAAUUUCACACAGCGCAAGAAGAAGACCAAGUGAGCAAGUGAACAUGCAACAUGGAAAAGCUCUUUAUCUGCCUUGAUGUUGAUCCUAGUUAAGAUUAUUAUGCGUAGUCUGUAAGUGAGCUGUGAGAGCUGUCGACUCCUAUUCAGCGGCGUCGUUUACUACUUUUCAAAUAAAACGUAACGUUGACAACUCGAUGCGAUGCAUUCUAUCUCUCUCUCUCUCUCUCUCUCUAUUUUUGCAUGUCUGACAUUUAAAACAAUUAAAAAAGCUACAGUUGAGUGUGCUUGACUGUGAGAUACCCAUUGUGAAUAAAAUUAAAAUAAUGCGAUAUUAAUUUAAAAAUAACCAAAUUAGUAUACCGCAAAAAUACUGAAAAUAUACCAACAUUUAUAUUUGGUAUAUUGACAUAAAACUAGAUUCAAAUCAUACCAUAGAGUACCCGAAUAUACCUCAAAAAUACUAAAAAUAUACCAAAUUAAUAUACUACUACAUUCAAAAUAUAUUAUGGAGUACCAAAAUAAUCAAAAAUACUAAAAAUAUGCCAAAGCAUAUAUUUGGUAUAUUGAUAUACAUAGUACCACAUUCAAAAUAUACCAUAGUGUGCAAAUAUAAAUACUAGUUAGUCAAAGCUUCUAAGACCUGUAGUAAGUAGGCGAGUAUGCUCGACUGUGUGAUACCCGUUACUCAUUCUAAAUAAACAGUAAACAGUGCAAUACUAAUUUAAAAAUAUACCAAAUUAAUAUACUGCAAAAUACUAAAAAAAAAUAUACCAAAUGUUAUACUUGGGGUAUUUAUAUAGCGAUAAAGUUUAAUACCCUUCUACCCUAUGUGUAAGAGAGGGUAUAAAAACAGCAAUUCGACUGUAAAUAUAUUUAUCUCACUCACCUUCCCUCUAUUUCUCUCUCUCCUCACUUUUUAUUUCGUGUAUGCCUCUCUUUCCAACUCGUGCCAGCUGUAUUCCGCAGUGAAGAAAAUUGCAAUUGAGUUUUUCUAUUUUUUUU